GCAACCAGCCCCUGUGGCUGCGAGCCCCGCCUGGAGACCUCUCAGCAAGGAAUGUUCUCCCCGGGGGUUCAGGUCAGGUGUUUGGAGACAAGGCUGCUGGGCAGGGGUUCUGGUCUCAGAACCCGAGGCAGUGGCUCCUGGGAGGGGGAGGGAGAGGGCAAAGCACUGACUCAUAUACAGUACUUGGCCUGUGCCAAGCAUGGUCUUUUUAUGUAUAUAGUCCAUGUGUGUGUCUGUGGACUGCAUGUGUAUAGUCACUCAUUUCCCAUUUUACAGGUAAGGGAACUGAGGCAGAGAGAGGGUAGGAGGCGGCUGGGACUCAAACCCAGACCAGCUCGCCCCCAAGAUGCUUCUGGCCAUUUGGACCACACCGCCUGGCCGCCCAGGUGCUCAGCGAGCAUUUAUCAGAACCGGAAGUCAGAUAUGCAGCUUCCGUGUUUGGGUUGCCAGGAGAAGUUCUGUCCACAGACGCAGCACCUCAGGGACUUGAGUGUGCCCUCCUCAUCCCCCUGCUCUCCCUCCUCCCCCACAAACCGCCGCCGCCCCUUCUGUGUCUUGAUUACACAUUUGGUUCCUAGACCUCGCUGCUGAAACUCCUAGGUUGUUUUUCUAAUUGGUUUUGUUGAUUUUGAAUUCUGCAAGUUGUAGCCUGGUGGGAGGAGGGACGCAGCUGUGGGGUCCCUACGGGUUCUGCUUUGAAGUCUCAGGAAUGGUGACUGCAGAGGCCUCUGGAGACAGGAUGGACCGCUGUAAGAACUGGGUGCCCCAGGCCCUUUGAACAGACUGGGGACCUAAGAGGACAUGAAUAGACCAGACAGCCUGGAGUAGCCUGUUGUACCCAGGAGUCUGCACAGGGAGUGGGGGGGUGGGGAGCAAGGUAGGCUCUUAGCACCCCUGGCCAAGCUGGCCGAGUGGAGGAGCCAUUCCUUGGGUCUUGGUUGACUGCCCCGUAAUAAGGACGAUAAAUGCCACCACUGGUAUCUUCCCAGGGGCUUAGGUGAUAAACAUAGUAGAAGUGAGAGAACGUUGAAGAAAAAGCUCAAAGCACAAUAUCCCGCUUAGCAGCAUCAGCCCAAGUGCAGACAGCUUUCGGUGUAUGAAGAUGCUGUCUUGUUCCAGGCCAGGCAGAAGGCCUCCGGCCGGCCUUGCUAACUGGUGUGUCCUGUGCUUCCAUUUGAGCUGUGUUUGUUAGGAUUGGGGAUUGAGGCUUGAAGGGGUGGGGAGGGGGCCCAUGGCACAUGGAGGAAGAGCAGCCUGGGAAGAAGUGUCACAGGAAGCCAGGAGGCCCUAUGACCGUGGCCCUCGUCAGGCCCCGGGUCUCUGUGCUUUGGCCUCCUCCUCUGUCAGGCGGGCACCGUGCCACCCUUGGAGGGUGUUGGGGGUUGCUCGGCAUGAAGAGUUUCCCCCCGUCCCUGGCUCCUGGCCUUUUGGCUGCAGGUUGUUGAAGUACAGUCACACGGGAGACCCAUACAGUUUCCUGUGACCCAGCCCGCGUGGCCCAGUCCUGCUCUUUCUCAGCCCAGGGUAAUUUUUCAAUUAACUUGAUUGGCUGGAAACCAGGGCACCCUCGAGUGUGGGAAAAGUCCCAGGCCGGAAGGCCCUCCCCUGUGCCCCUGCUGGCUUGGGGGCUUGGCUUCAAGAGGCGGGGUCCAAUUUCACAUCAGGACACCAGGACGUGAUCCCAGUGCCCCUCUGAAAAAUCCCAGAUGGCGCCUUCUGGAAGCCCCAGUGGGCUCCAAGCUGGCUGCCCGCCGGCGGCCUGUCCUCCCUGCCCCCUCCCCCUGCAGGCUCCACGACCCGGGCUCCAGCGGUGAGAGCCUCCAACGGUUUUCGUUACUGACUUUAGUGCCAAACAAUUUAGAAAGGCGACCCUGCCAGUUUUCAUAAGUGAAACAUUUAAAGUAUGCAAAGCAUAUUUUCUUUCUUCCUGAGCAGCUGCUCCGUGGAGCUGGAGAGGAAUCGGGAGUGAGUUACAGGGAUCGGUCUCCCGCCCUUUGCAGCCUUCGUGGCCUCGGGCAUCUCCCACCACGUGGGCCCAAGACGCCCUCUGCCUUUCCCAUCGCUCCCCCCCCCGGGUGGGGGGUGCCAGGCAUCCCCUUGACGCCAUCGGGAGUGGCUGCCAUCGUUGGCCGAGGGCACGCUCGGUGCCGGGCCCUUCUGGGAGCUUUGUGUCUGUUCCUCACCGGCUCCCAGAGCAGCCCUGGGUGACAGGUACUGUUGUUACCUGCAUUCCUGCCAUAAACACAGAGGUGACCUGCUGGGGUCCAAUGGCCACCAAAGGACAGAGCCAGGGGUUGCUCCAGGCAGCCGGUUCCAGAACCGCUGCCCUGACCCAUCCCUGUUGCCAUUUUACAGAUGAGGAAGUUGAGAGACAGCGAGGUCCUGCCGCAGCAGGACACGCCCAUUCUUAGCUGGCCUUCCGAAGCCACAUUUGGAACACUCCGUCCUCCGUGUUUGCUGUUUGUCUGGGCCGCAGCCUGGACUUGGUUUAAAUUCUUCGGAACGCCUGGAUCUGUUUGAGAUAACAGAUCUGAAGAUGUGGGAAUUUCAGACGCGCCGCCCUUGUGUGCCGGCGACUCUUACGGCCCAGUGUGCUGGGCCAGCUGGGCCCUGUUCGCCCCCUUCCCUUCCCCAUGUAAUUGUUUGCAUCUGCGGGGGCCUUCGGCCUGCUGUACAUGCGUCGGUGCAUUUAACCCCUGAGUGGAUUGAUGUCUAAGAAAGACGGACGGAGCAGGACAUUCUGGCCAAAGCACGUUUCCAGUUUGCUCCAGGUCGUCGUAGCCAGUGGCCUAAGAGUCAAGGCUAUGGAUUCCAGACACCUACCUCUGGGCCUCAGUUCGGCUGUCUGUAAAAUGGGGAUGUAUAUGUCUUUCUUCCCCCAGGCUUCUUCGGAAGGCCGCUCUCCCGCCGGGAGCCAGACCCGGGCGAACUCGCUCCUUGACAAGUGGGACAGGCAGCGUCUGUCUGCUCUGCAUUCUGUACCUCCAGGCUCCAUCCUCACAUCCAUCAUUAAAGAGAGCGGCUCCUGGUCCAGACACUGACUCUGCUUGAACUGACUUGGGUUAUGUUCUUACCUCCUCCUGAACCAGUCACAGUGGCCAGUGAUGGCUUUAAGGCUCAACUUGCGCUCCUGCGGGAGGAAGUGUCCCGGCUCCAGGAGGAAGUCCACCUUCUCCGACAGAUGAAGGAAAUGCUGAUGAAGGACCUGGAGGAGUCGCAGGGCGGCAAGUCCUCUGAGGUCCUCUCGGCCACCGAGCUCAGGGUCCAGCUGGCCCAGAAGGAGCAGGAGCUGGCCAGAGCCAAAGAAGCAUUGCAGGCCAUGAAAGCCGACCGAAAGCGCCUAAAGGGUGAGAAGACGGACCUGGUGAGCCAGAUGCAGCAGCUGUACGCCACGCUGGAGAGCCGGGAGGAGCAGCUGCGAGACUUCAUCCGCAACUACGAGCAGCACCGCAAGGAGAGCGAGGACGCCGUCAAAGCCCUGGCCAAGGAGAAGGACCUGCUGGAGCGCGAGAAGUGGGAGCUGCGGCGCCAAGCCAAGGAGGCCACGGACCACGCCACGGCACUGCGCUCCCAGCUGGACCUCAAGGACAACCGGAUGAAGGAGCUGGAGGCGGAGCUGGCCAUGGCCAAGCAGUCCUUAGCCACACUGACCAAGGAUGUCCCCAAGCGGCAUUCACUCGCCAUGCCGGGCGAGACGGUGCUUAACGGCAACCAGGAGUGGGUGGUGCAAGCGGACCUCCCGCUGACCGCAGCCAUCCGGCAGAGCCAGCAGACUCUCUACCACUCACAUCCCCCCCACCCUGCAGACCGGCAAGCGGUCAGGGUGAGCCCCUGCCACUCCCGGCAGCCCUCUGUCAUCUCCGACGCAUCUGCCGCCGAAGGCGACCGGUCAUCCACGCCAAGCGACAUCAACUCCCCUCGACACCGGACGCACUCCCUCUGCAACGGAGACAGUCCCGGGCCGGUUCAGAAGAACCUGCACAAUCCCAUUGUACAGUCACUAGAGGAUCUUGAAGACCAAAAACGGAAAAAGAAGAAAGAGAAGAUGGGAUUCGGCUCCAUCUCGCGCGUCUUUGCCAGAGGGAAGCAGCGGAAGUCCCUCGACCCUGGCCUCUUUGAUGACUCGGACAGCCAGUGCAGCCCCACGCGACAGAGCCUCAGCCUGUCCGAGGGGGAGGAACAGAUGGACCGGCUGCAGCAGGUGGAGCUGGUCAGGACCACGCCCAUGUCCCACUGGAAGGCGGGCACCGUCCAGGCCUGGCUGGAGGUGGUCAUGGCCAUGCCCAUGUACGUCAAGGCCUGUGCGGAGAACGUGAAGAGCGGGAAGGUGCUGCUGAGUCUGAGUGACGAGGACCUGGAGCUGGGCCUGGGCGUGUGCAGCUCCCUGCACCGGCGCAAGCUGCGGCUGGCCAUCGAGGACUACCGCGACGCCGAGGCGGGCAGGAGCCUGUCCAAAGCUGCUGACCUAGACCAUCACUGGGUGGCCAAGGCCUGGCUGAAUGACAUCGGCCUGUCCCAGUACUCCCAGGCCUUCCAAAACCACCUGGUCGAUGGGCGGAUGCUGAACUCCCUGAUGAAGCGGGACCUGGAAAAGCACCUGAAUGUGUCUAAGAAAUUCCACCAGGUCAGCAUCCUGCUGGGAAUUGAGCUGCUGUACCAAGUGAACUUCAGCAGGGAGGCUCUGCAGGAGCGUCGGGCCCGCUGUGAGACGCAGAACAUAGACCCUGUGGUCUGGACCAACCAGCGGGUGCUCAAGUGGGUGCGAGACAUUGACCUAAAGGAGUAUGCAGACAACCUGACCAACAGUGGUGUCCAUGGCGCUGUGCUGGUGCUGGAACCCACAUUCAAUGCGGAGGCCAUGGCCACAGCCCUGGGCAUCCCCAGCGGGAAACACAUCCUCCGGAGGCACCUGGCAGAGGAGAUGAGUGCCAUCUUCCACCCAGCUAACUCCACAGGCAUCCGGGAGGCUGAGCGAUUCGGAACACCCCCCGGGAGGGCCUCCAGCAUCACCCGGGCAGGGAAGGAGGAGAACAGCAGUGGGAUCAAGUACAAGGCUGGCCGGCUGCCCCUGGGAAAAAUAGGAAGGGGCUUCAGCAGCAAGGACCCCGAUUUCCACGAUGACUACGGCUCUCUUCAAAAUGAGGACUGCGGAGACGAUGACUCCCAGGGCAGGCCAGAGCAGUGCCGUCUGGAAGGCUACAACGGCCUGGAGGUCACCAACGUAUAAGGAACCAAUGAUCCGCCAGACCCCACCCAUCGAUGCCCAGGGAGGAAGGGCAGCCAGAGGCCGUCACCAGUGUACAUAGCAAUCUGGGGCUGAGGAUGCUUCUUGGUCCCGGGCAAAUCCUAACAGACUGCUGUGACCUCGGAUGGGAGCACCGAGGAACAAGGAGGCACUGGCCCAGAGCACCUGCCAAGGUGCCCGGCCGCUCUGUCAUUGAGGCUCCACCUUAGAUGACUCAGCCCCUGAGCAGUCUAGGUACCCCUGGGGCCUUAAACUGAACCACUGCUGCAGAAAGAGGCACAGAGUGCCCUCAAACACCCUCCCAGGAGGAGCAGGUGGGAUGCCAACCAGACACCCAGAGCUCAGAGUUAGCAAAGCCUGAGGCUGACUGGUCACCCACUUGGGCCCUUGCUGCCAGUCUAGAGGAGGUCUCAGCUCUAGCCUACCUGCCAAGAACUUGGCUUCUGGCUUGGGUCACUGACUCUCUCUUGGGAGAAUGCAAAAUGGGAAGCUCAAUCCCUCCCACCCUCAAAGCUUAAGAAGGGUCGUGACGGGGUGGAUGUGUUGAAGGGCUACUUGGUCCCUCCUCCCAGGAGUGGCUACACUGGGUGGAGGCAGGUUGAUGAUCUCCACGGUGGCGGUGGGGGGGGGGGGUGUUGCUGAGCCGCAACACUCCCAGGAAAUGCAGACAUCCCACCAUCAGGAUGAAGGAUGCUGUGGCAGCAGGAUCCAGGGUGACUGUUCGGUCCCUGACAGCCCUACCAAGUGUGACAGUGGGUUUGGGGUUGGGAGCAGGGACAUGCUUGUCAUUGUUAAUGCAACAAACCUUGUUGUGACGUCUCUGUCACCUGACCUGUAGGUGUGCUCACCCACGUCCUAACUGAGCUGAAUCUCAGGUCACUAAGGUGGGAAAGACCCCUGCCCUCUUCUGGAUGCUGCUCCUGUUUUGCCGGGUGGCUUCUCCCCGGUGGCCCCACCUCUCUGUGCCUCAAAGUCUUCAUCUACAAAUACUUCUAGUCCCUCCUCCCCCAGAAACUGUGUGAGGAUUAACACUUGCUAAUGUCUGUAACACUUUGUAACCUCUCAGGAGACAGGCAGGAAGUUAUGGGUGUCUGAUUUCCCAUCUACGACAGAGAACUAUAAGUACGGAUUCUCUCCAGCUGUUUUGGUUAGAGCCACAUGCAAAAGGAGCACAAAGAAUGUUUAAUGCUCAGACGCUCUAGCACUUCCAAUAGGACUGGAUUCUGCCCCCUCCAAGAGGAAAAUCCCACGUGCCCAACCCUGAAAACCAGUGGAUUUACGUGUUUAGGCUGGAGUCCAUUGCCCUCGAUGCUGAGGAAUGACUAGGGAGGACAGAAGGCACUGAGGUUCUACCUAAAUGCCAGUUAGCAAAGCAGAUCAUCUGAUGGGACCAUGAUGCUCAAUGUCCCUUGAAGCCUUUGGCACAGAUGGCCUAUGAGAGGUUUGAAUUUCCAGGUCAGCCACUGAAUACCGUCAAAGCAUCUUCUCUUCGACCUAAUGAAUUAUUUCCUCUCAAGGGAAAAGCACAAAGCACAUGGCCCAAGGAACUUAAGAAUGACUCCUCUCCAAGGCCCAAGACCGUGGUCUUCCCUCCAAACCGAACACAAGCACAGCCUUCGCACCACCAGAAACCAAACGCCUACUCUGCGGACAGUGGAUGCCCUCUCGUCUGAAUGCUUGGCCUCCUAGGACCAUAUUUCUGAUUCUAGGACUCGAGGGGUGAAGCUCUGGAACCCGACUUGGCUUUGCUGAGGUUCUAAACCCCAAGCCCAGUAUCUUUAUGACACGUAGCCACAUGGGGCCUGAGGCUGUAGAGCCCAAAGCCAGGUGGGGGAGGAGUGUGUAAAACCCUCCUCUAACCUGAUGCCACAGCCAGCAUCUAGGCCAGGUGCCCCCGGGACCCUGGGAUCUGCCUCUCUGGAAAGCAGCAAACCCGGGGCAGGGGUGCAAGUGUAGGUAUUUUUAUAGGAGCAGGAAUGGCAGACAGACAGGUGUCUGGAUGCAUAUCUGAUUAUUUGAAACCCAUGGCUCCCAUUAUUUGAAAUGCAUGGCUCCCAGAUUCAAUCCCACUGGGGAUAAGAUGGGCAAGCGGCCAAUAUGGGGAGUCCCCAGCAGGGAUGACAUUGCCCCAAACACCCUGCAGCAUGAGGCCAGCAGGCUUGGGGCAAUGUGGGCAACCUCAGAUGCACCCUUUGGUCCAAAUGAUGCCCGAACACAUUCUUGCCUCCCUGAUGCUCUGUCUCCCUAGCAGCCAGGUGAGUGUUCGGAGCUGGCUUUUCAAUGUGAGGAUGGGUUGGCUGAUUAACACCCCCCCCCCCUUUGAUCAGGUGAGCUCUGUCUCUGGGAAAAAAAUCCUAAAUGUCAGCUCUGCUUCAAGAGUGGGCAGGAAGAACAGGGGGUGCAGGGGGGGCAUGGCAGAGAGGUUCUGGGACUGAUUAACACAGGCUGGCAGAGUGGCCACCAUAGAAUAGUGACCUGCUACAUCCUGUCCAAACAGCCUGAGUUGUGGUCUUGGUCCUUAAACGGUGAUGCGGCAUCUGGACCUGGGAAAGAUAUGAAUGUGCUUCUCUGAGAGGUGGUGUCGCCUGAGUCCGUGGGUGCCGGCCCCUUAAAAAGAGGUAAUUGGUGCCAGAGGCUGGGGAGAACCAAGAGAGGCAGAGACACCCCAUUGUCCUCCCAGAAGCUGAGGGCCAGAGCCAUCAGAAGGCACCUGCUGGGUGGACUCAGCUUUCUGACCCCAGCCACCUCUGCCAGGCCCCUUGGUCCUUGGCUAAGCAGGGCUUUUCUCCCAGAAAUCUGUCUGCCUCAGCAUUGCAGUCAUGGGUGCCCAGGCUGCAGGAGGCAGGGAGAAGCCACAGGAGAACCUGGACCAGAUGAUGUCGAGGGGGUGGGUCUCCAUACAGCCCAGCCAGCACAGAGGGGCUUCAGAACAGGGACCCCAAAUCGCGAGGACACUGAACUGGGUCCAGCAAAUGGGGCAGUUUGGCAAGAUGUGACCUCAGUGUUCCAUGCAGGGACACCAGAACCCUUUAUUGCUCCAAGCCUAGCUCUCCCCUUCCCAUCAAAACUCCUAUGCUCUGGGCACCCUCGCUUCCGCUCUGCUCUUUGAGGCUCCAACAGGCGCUGCUGGCAGUGGAGCAGCAGGGAAAAGAAGCCUACGGGAAAGAGCAUUUUCUGAUACUAACAUCAUCAUGUCCAGUGGUUGGCAGAUGAGAAUUUCCUGAGCCCUAACAUCCAGGGGAGUUUGUGGCUGCAAAGGAAACAAGUUGUCCAUGAACUAAGAUGAUGUUCUUGACAUUUAGCUUCCAGUCAUGACCCUGAAUGUUUUCCCAAGCGUGAAUUUUAACACUGUAACAAUAAAUACUACUCCGCAGUGCUUCAUUGA